UGAUUUACAAUGGAAAAACUGCUUUUUUAUCUGCUGUUAAUUGGUAUGACAGUGAGGGCCCAGGUCUGUCCCAAGCGUUGUAUCUGUCAAAAUCUGUCUCCAAACCUUGCAACUCUUUGUGCCAAAAAAGGACUUCUCUUUGUCCCAGCAAACAUUGACAGAAGGACAGUGGAGCUACGUUUAGGAGAUAAUUUUAUUACAAUCAUUAAAAGGAAAGACUUUGCUAAUAUGACCAGCCUGGUAGACCUUACAUUGUCAAGGAAUACAAUAAAUUAUGUUGCACCGCAAGCAUUUGCAGACCUGCGCAAUUUGCGGGCCUUACAUUUGAAUAGCAACAGACUAACCCAGAUCACAAAUGACAUAUUUAGUGGACUUUCAAACCUUCACCAUUUAGUGGUUAAUAACAACCAACUAAUUGACAUUUCCUCUGAAGCUUUUAAUGAUAUUUUGUUGUCUCUUGAAGAGUUGGAUGUAUCCUAUAAUAAUUUAAAAUCUAUUCCCUGGGAAGCAGUUCAGAAAAUGGUCAACUUGCAUACAUUCAGCAUGGACCAUAACAUGAUUGAACAAAUUGACGAGGGGACUUUUUCCCAUCUUCACAAGUUGACUCGAUUGGACAUGACGUCUAAUAAAUUGCGGAAGCUACCACCUGAUACCUUGUUCACGAGAGCUCAGGUACUAGCCUACUCAGGACUCCUGAACCCACCAAGUUUUACUUUGAGCUUUGGAGGAAAUCCCUUACAUUGCAACUGUGAGUUACUCUGGCUGCGCCGUCUUUCACGGGAUGAUGAUCUGGAGACCUGUGCCUCACCUUCACAACUAACAGGUCGUUACUUUUGGUCAAUCCCAGAAGAAGAGUUUAUCUGCGACCAGCCGCUGAUUACUCGCUAUACGCACGAGCUCAGAGUUUUAGAAGGUCAACGUGCAACAUUGAAGUGCAAGGCCAUUGGGGAUCCAGACCCCUCCAUACACUGGACUUCACCUGAAGGCAAGCUAAUUUCAAAUUCAACACGGACAGCUUUAUAUAAUAAUGGAACCUUAGACAUCCUUAUAACUACUGUCAAAGAUACAGGCACUUUUACCUGCAUUGCUUCAAAUGCUGCUGGAGAAACCACAGCAGCAGUGGAACUUCAUAUUAUCAAACUCCCACAUUUAGUCAACAGUACAAAUCACAUUCAUGAGCCUGAUCCUGGCUCAUCAGACAUUUCUACUUCGACUAAAUCUGGCUCAAACACUAGUAAUAGUGUUAGUGACACUAAGGCCAAACCAGAAAAGAGGGUGGAAGUUGCUGAAACAUCAUCAUCAUCUGCACUUAUUAAAUUUAAUUUGCAACAUAAUAUCCCUGGCAUUCGUAUGUUCCAGAUUCAGUAUAAUGGUUCUUACGAUGAUUCACUUGUUUACAGAAUGAUUCCUUCCACAAGCAAAAGCUUCCUUGUCACUAACUUGGCUGCAGGAACUCAAUAUGACCUGUGUGUCUUAGCAAUCUACGAUGAUGGUAUCACCUCCCUCACAGCUACCAGGGUUGUUGGCUGCAUACAGUUUACUACAGACGAGGAUUAUGUUCGCUGUCAUUUUAUGCCAUCUCAGUUUCUGGGAGGAACCAUGAUAAUUAUAAUCGGUGGAAUUAUUGUGGCUUCUGUGUUGGUCUUUAUUAUCAUAUUAAUGAUUAGAUACAAGGUGUGCAACAAUAAUGACCCACACAAGAUGACAAAGGUCAGUAAUGUCUAUUCUCAGACAAAUGGAGCUCAUUUGCAAAUGUGCAGUGGAAUAAUAACCCAUUCAAAUUCUAAAGUCAUCAUGGGUCAUGAAGAGAACACACAGUAUCAUAAAGAUCCCAAAUCACAAUCGUCAGAUUCUACCAUGAGCCAGGAAUGUGUUACCACUACCUCCAUUGUACCACCUGACUGGACUACAGGUGUUACUGCAUCUCAAAAGCUGAAAAGAAAGGCUGGGCCAAAGUCAAGUGUCGAAAGACCAAUGGAAGCUUUCACCAAUGUUGAGACAUCCAAAAAGAAAAGGGAAAAUACUGCAAUUUCACAGAAGCCCUCCUGUGCUCCAAUUUCUCUGAAAGAGACACCCACAUUUAGACGAGCACACUCUAAGUCCAUUAAGUAUCUUACUCUGCCAACAGAAACAAGCAGAGCUAAACGGAGAUACUCACUCAAUGGAGAUUUAUCGGAGUAUCACUGCUAUACUCAUUCACAAAAGAUUAGCAGCCUGUGGUCAAAAAGAAGCAUGUCAAUGAAUGGAAUGUUGUUACAGUUGGAAAACUCUGAUGCUGAUAGUGGGAAAGCUACUUUCUCAAGUUCUGAGUGGAUAAUGGAAAGCACCGUGUGACACUUUAAAUAUGUUACAGUGAAGGAACACUGCCUUGUAACAGAUUGGGAAUUCUAUGCUCGUCUUUCAGUUUGAUGGCAUUUCCAGCAAGCUAGGAAUGGGGAACUGGCUCAUGCACGCAAUUCUUUGAUAGAAAUCAACAGACAGCACCGAAAGACCUGAAGGUAAAGCACGAUUUAGCACCGGUGCCUUAUCCUGCUUUAGGAUUGGCUUUCUGGUUCCGGAGUAUGGGAUAAAUGAGUGAUUUUUUUUUUCA